CACCGGGGACCAAUCAGAUGGAGCCUUUUGUUUGUUUUGCGGGGCACUUUGGUUAGUAGUACAUGCAUGAGCCGUAAGCGAGCCACCGGUCCGGUCCAGCUGGAUGCCAUUUGGUAUGCAGGGGUAAUACUGUGAAUAUCUCUUGCUCAUUAACAUAUAUGUACCGUACCAACUUCACAAAAGAGGAACGGAACGGAAGGAAGAAAAAAAAAAGGAAAAAAAGGUGUCAUCGGUGAUUUUGGUAUUUCCCUAAUUCUCAGAUUUAGAAGAAAUGACGGCAGAAGAGGGACAAGUGAUCGGUUGCCACGCGAACGAUGUAUGGACAGUGCAGCUCGACAAAGCCAAAGAAUCCAACAAGCUGAUUGUGAUAGAUUUUACUGCUUCGUGGUGUCCACCAUGCCGUAUGAUUGCUCCAAUUUUCACCGAUUUGGCUAAGAAGUUCAUGUCAAGUGCAAUCUUCUUCAAGGUGGAUGUUGAUGAACUUCAGAGUGUUGCUCAAGAGUUUGGUGUGGAGGCAAUGCCAACCUUUGUGUUCAUGAAAGCCGGCGAGGUUGUGGAUAAGAUCGUUGGUGCCAGGAAGGAAGAACUUCUCGCGACUAUUGUGAAGCAUACUGGUGUUGCCACUGCUUAAAUCAAUUUGUGGCUCAUUAAUUAUAACAUAAAGGUCCAACUUGUUAUCUUAAGUUUAGCUAAAUCGCACUGGGGAUAUUGUAGAUGGAGAUAUGAAUGAAGUUAGUUGAUCUCUGACUGUUUAAGUCUGCACCAUGUUUUAUUUAUUUGGUCUUUGGCUUUUGCUUUUCGCUUUUGCUUAUCAGUUGAUUAUGUUCUAACGCCA